GCGCGUCGUCGGAUGCUGCUGCUCCUCCGCUCCAUCCCUGCCUCCACUGCGCAGCCGCAGUUUCUCCAGAACGCAGGGUGCUUUGAAGAGGGCGACGGACCGAGAGAGAGAGAGAGAGAGAGAGAGAGAAAAAACAUGGCCCUCGACAAUUUAAUCUUCGGCCAGUGCAUCCUCUACUUCUUCGCCUUCGUCUUCGGCUUCAUCGCCGUGGUGCCCCUGUCGGAGAACACGGAGGACUUCGGCGGGAAAUGCCUGCUGUUCACGCGCGGCAUGUGGCAGAACGAGAACAUCACGGUGUCCAAGCAGCGCUUCAUCGUGGAGGAGUGGGGACCCGCGUCCUCCUGCAGCUUCAUCACUUUCGUCGGGAUCGCGUCGCUCAUCCUGUCCGCGGUGCAGGCGUGGAGGCUGCUCUUCUUCCUGUGCAAAGGCCACGACGACUCCAUCUUCAACGCCUUCCUCAACCUGCUGAUCAGCUCCCUGGUGGUGUUCACCGUCUUCCUGUCCAGCACCAUCGUCAGUGUGGGCUUCAACCUGUGGUGCGACGCCGUCACCGAGGGUGGCACCAUGCCCAGCAGUUGCGAGGACCUGCAGGACACUGAUCUGGAGCUGGGCCUGAACAACUCGGCUUUCUAUGACCAGUUUGCUAUAGCUCAGUUCGGCCUGUGGGCGGCGUGGCUCACCUGGCUGGGGAUCGCGGUGAUGGCCUUCCUGAAGGUCUACCACAACUACAGACAAGAGGACCUGCUCGACAGCCUGAUCCACGAGAAGGACCUGCUGCUCGGCCGCUCCUCGCGCCACAGAUCUGACCUCAUGACCGGCAUGAUCUAGAAAAACAGAGGAACACGCAAACACACACACACACACACAGUCCUCCCUCCACCUGCCAUAAGAAACACCAAUGUUUGCCUAUGUAGACAAUCAAAAAUCAAUUGGCUUUCUGCUCACACUGACCAUGGAUUGAAUGGAACAGCAGGCUUUCUAUAGACACGAUAGAUUUCCCCCCUGAAAAUCUACCAGUGAUUACUAAUCCUUAAGAAGUCCUGCUUUGUCGAGUUUAUUCACUCCUCAAGGCACACAACCAUAUCUAGCCUUUGAUAGUAUUAAAAUCAUUAAGUGGAAAUAUAAAUCCAGUCUUACUCAACUUAUUAUUAUUUAGCAACAGAGUAUUAAUGGUUCGGAAGGGUCGGCCGACGGAUCAUGUCUUUGUGAAACUUCUGCAUGGACGUAAUGCAUGACAAUUUUAAUUGGUGUUUUUUUAGAUGUAAAAGGGAUGUCCUCGUGUUUUAUACGCCAAUACAUGUGUUCCUAUAGGCUUUUCUUCUAGUGAGAUGCACACGUGCGUCUCGGUGAAAGUGAGGAUCCUUUGCAUGCUGCAGCAAAGUGAAAUGACGUGUGCUUUUGCAGUGUAAUUCACACUUAUCAACCGUAUCAUAAAAGGGGUUUGUUACGGCCCGUUUCCUUUUCACCUCCGUCCAGCUUCUGCCCUCUUCCUUUCAUCCGUUGGUGAAUCACACCAAUGCUCCUCACCGACCUCAACUACCAGAAGAGACUGGAACUGUAAACAGUUACUCUCUUUACACUCAUCAGCCCCCUCAUUGCUUUCUUUUCUCAAUCCCUGUUUAUCACUCACAUCUUUUGGUACUCCCCUCAUCCCCUGAACAUUUCAGGGAUGUAACAUAUUUGGGGGCUCGUCUGAGAUUUGAAAAAAAAAAAAGAUCAGGAAGAUGAAGUUGUGUUGCUUUGUGGUGGUCAGGCCAGCUAAACACCCGUAACUAUGGAGUCACAGUGACCUACCAGAUUUAACAUACACGUGUGAGAGUCUAAACACACACACACACACACACACACACACACACACACACACACACACACACACACACACACACACACACACACACACACACACACACACACACACACACACACACACACACACACACACACACACACACACACACACACACACACAGGGCUGCAACAGGCUCGCUGCGAGAGCCUCCGAUGCUCUCGUCUGGUACUUGAGGGGUGAGGUCGAUGAGGAGCAUUGGACACAGAUGUGAUCCACCGAUGUAUAAGGGCAGGACCUGGAGGGAGGUCAAAGGGAAAUAAAACAUCCAGACACAACACACAACACUAGGGCCGUGACAGUGCUGAAAAAAAACUUAUAAUAAUGACAAAUUUUAGUUCAGAACAGUCAUGUAUCAAGCAGCUGGUCCAAAAAUGCGUUUAGAAAUUUGUGAGAUUAGAAAAGAAAAAAAAACCCUGAUCCGAUCUUGUGCCACAUAGUAACUCAGGCUUCUCCUUUUCACUUUAUAGGCUACAAACCAAUAUACUGCAUUACUGUGAAUAGAUGCACAAAUGUACCUGCAUGCAUCUCUCCCUCUCCCUCCUCCUUUCACAUCACACACUCACUCACUCACAGCUCCUCCGGGUGAUGUCUGGAUGACACGUUCAGGGUUUUACUGCAUGUGUGAAAAACAGCUUCAUUGUCAGAAUUUACAGGAAGAAAGCAAGUCAUCCGCUUGACUUUGAUAGGCAAUGACAGUUUUAUUCAAAACAAUCGAAACCAUAAAAAUGGCAGGAACGAAGAAAAACCCUCCAUCAAGGCACUUCUUUCAAAGUGACCAUAAAUGUUUGGACAGCCGUGAAACGAGGCCUCUAAGCUAAAUGUGCAGCAACAGGACAUGAGUUCACUGGGUAUUGUUUAUUGCUAAUGACAGUUUGGUUUGACAGUACAGAGUUGAGAGUAUUUCUUUCUUCUCUACAGGCGUCAUUAGCCUCAUAUUGCUUUGACUUUCACAUGUGAGAUAUCUGAAAUCCAACACUUUUCCUCUGAGUUCCCUGAAACCUGUUACAAAGAUAUAUGUAUAAAGAACAAUGUUUGACCGGAAA